AUGCGGGAAGGAGGCCCAGAUACAUGUGUUUCUGAGAGACAUAUAGACCAGGAUGGCUUCCAUACACUUUGUGCCCAGCAAAGUUCGGCGCCGCCGCCUCGAAGAGACUGCGCAGGCAAAGACGUCGCCCUCUUCUCUGCCACUUGCAGACGCUUCCACCAGCUUUCCGACGCUGUCUCGCACCUGCAUUUCCUGGGGGGAAAGGGUCAGGGGCGGGGUUUGGGAGCGUUUGAACUUCUGGUCUCGGAACGGGUGGUUCGGGCAACCGACCUCCGGUGCCUAAAAGUGGAGACUCGGUGGACCGUCAGCGAUCUGAGCUUCUUCUUCUGGGUAUCUCACGUGAAGGACACGCUGCAGAAGCUGCAGCUCACGGAAACUAGAUUGGGGGAGAACCUGGCGGACAGGCUCCGGACGGCCUCCAAGUGUCCGAAACUCACGGCGCUGGAGCUCCUGACGUCGUCGGACGACUCGUACGUGCGGCUCGAGCCGGGGUUCCAAGCGGGGUGCGCGCGGUAUAGAAAGCUGGUCAAGCUAACCCUGGAGCACGUCAUCAUGAGCGACCCAGUUCUAGAGUCGCUCCUGAAACUGUGCCCGGUUCUCAAAGAGUUGGAGCUCACGGGGGUCUUUGGGUUGCAGUCGCCGAGCAUCGUGGGGGAGAAACUAGAGCGGCUGAAACUGAUGCGCGCGGUUCCGACAGUUCCCUCGAGCGAGUUGCCGGGGGCGCUGACGCUGCAAGCGCCCGCACUCCAAGGGUUAGCGAUGUCGCGUUUCACGCAGCUUCGGUUCGUGGGCACCUCGACGGCGCUGUACGACCUCGAUCUGCUUGACUGCGAAAAGAUCGACAUUUGCGGCGACCCGAGCCUGGGCAACGUGCAGUUUCUGAGCGUCAGGAGCUCGGAGUACCGAGGGCCACGUUAUCUUUGGAUGUGGGAGUGGCUAAGCACCAGUCUGCUGCGGAAGUGUCCGAACCUGUGGGAGCUGAUGCUUGACAUGGAAAUCGAGACGCCACUGAACGGGACGUGCCCGUGGGCGGUGCUAGCGUCGCUCGGGGACUUGCACGAACUGGUUCUGCGGGAGACGGCCAUCGAGUUCGUCUGCGAGCAUUGGGAAAGGGCGGUAGAGACGCGGCAGGCUUGUCUUCCGAACCUGCGAGUGUUAGUGGUGAGCGCGGGGACCAUGAGUCGCCGUCUCCUUACGUUUCUGGAUUAUGUCUUGCAGUCGGCGAAACUGCUCGAAGUGUUGACAGUAAGGGCCGAGUGGCACGAGGAAAGGUUGGAGGUGGAUGCGGCGAUCGAUCCCCGGUACUUCAGCGAUCUCUUCAAGUUGCAAAGAAGCUUUCCGAAAGUGAGCUUCAACUUCGAGCUGCCGGGUUCGAGUCAGGGUAGCGUGGAUCAGGAGGAUUCGGAAAACUCAACACUUGGUUAAUAUGUGUCACAAACUUUGGAAGCAUGCAGGGGUUUUCACACUGGCAGCCAACGCAUGGCAAUUGUGGGGUGGA